GAGAACGCUCAAGGCGCGGGCGUCAUUUCCGAGGAAUUUCGCUUUGCAGAUUUUGAACGAGAUUUAACAGAUUUUUUUUGUUUUGUUUAUAAAAACUUUAUUUUUACUUAGCAGUAGCUAACUAAUGGAAUAGCUUUCCAAUUGUUCUAGAUGGGGAAGCUAGUUGUGUUAUCACUUACGGUUGCUGUUUUGGCCGCGUUUCUUGGGGAGAGAUUUAUUAACUUGAGGAAAAGGACUCUUGCUUCCAGAGAGCUUGUCCGAAAUCCCCUCCCAAACUGUCACCAGAUCAAAAGCUUAGAAUAUGGAUCAGAGGACUUCACAAUACUUCCCAAUGGUCUUGCUAUUAUUAGCACUGGCUUAAGAUAUCCUGGAUUGCCAUCAUAUUCAGAUGGCCCUGGAAAGAUCUAUACACUUGAUCUGAGUGAUUCAAGGAUGAAACCGGUGGAGCUACGCAUGGGGAGGGGCUAUGAACUGGAAUCCUUCAAUCCACAUGGAAUUAGUGUUUACACAGAUGAAACAGAUAACUCUAUCUACUUGUUUGUUGUCAAUCACCCUCAACAAAAAGCCCAAGUAGAGAUAUUCCAGUUCGUAGAGGAAGACCACUCGCUUGUUUUUGUGAAAACGAUAAAGCAUGAACUUCUUCACAGUCUUAAUGACAUUGUGGCCGUUGGAGUGGAGAGCUUCUACGCCACCAAUGACCACUAUUUUGGUGGAGGUACUUUUAACCCUCUGGAAGCUCUUCUGGCCCAGCCCUGGUGCAAUGUUGUGUUUUACAGCCCUGAAGAGGUCAAAGUAGUGGCUGAGGGAUUUUACCAGGCAAAUGGCAUCAGCGUCUCACCUGACGGAAGGCAUGUGUAUGUGGCAGACACGCUUGACCACAACAUACAUGUUUUGGAAAGACAGGAAGGCAAUGGUUUGGCCCCAGUAAAGGUUGUGGAAGUAGGCUCUCUAGUUGAUAACAUUCAGGUUCAUCCGGAAACUGGCGACUUGUGGAUAGGUUGUCACCCCAAUGGCUGGAAACUGUUUCAGAUUGACCCUGAAGAUCUGCCUGGAUCUGAGGUGGUGCGGAUCCAGGAUAUCCACUCGGAGAGUCCAGUGGUCACCCAGGUUUAUGCUGACGACGGCAGUGUGCUCAUAGGCUCGUCUGUAGCAGCGCCCUAUGGUGGAAAGCUUCUCAUAGGAACCAUCUACCAGAAAGCCCUGAUAUGUGAUCUAACAGAUGUUGGUCACUAGCCAAGAAAACUGACAACCAAUAUGGGUUGUGGUUAGAAGAGAGUGAGUGUGCAAUAUUUGAAUGAUUCAGCUAUAACUGCCACGAAUACACUGUGCAUGACUGCUUACUCUAAUGACGGACAGAUAGAUGUUGUACAUAAUAUAUCUCUAUAUAAAGGCUCGUAAGCUCUGAGGAUUUGUAAGUUAUUUUGUUACUGUACAUUCUGUACAGAGCUGGUUGGAUUUACAAUAAACUUUCCACAGUGAUAGGUCAAAUAUAAUGGGUAUGCACUGAACAAGAAAUGUAACUAUUCAUUUUGUUACAACUACCAAAGGUCAGUUUAUUUUACCGAUAUUUAUCUUUUUGUUUUAGCUUUUUUGUAACGUGAAGUUGACUGAGUUGAGAAAGGCUAUGUAGUAAUGUUCUUAACUGUUCUAAAGUGUGUUUACUUGAAAUAAAAUACGCUCCGUUAAUUUGA